CGAGCGAGCGAGCGAUGCGGUGUGAUGCGGUGCGAUGUGAUGCGCGAGCGGCAGUGGUGAUCUAGGACACAGCGUAUAGGAUACAGGGUACUGGGACUGGGACACGGGGGCUGGCAUACAGGCAUAUAGGGAGAUACCAGGGACACAUGCGACGCGCCUCUGCGCGACACGUGCUAUUAGCGAACGGCGCGACUUGCAUAGCACCCGUUGAGCCACGCGCUCCAGGUGUCUGGCGUUGUGGGCUUUGGCCGGGGGCCCGAUGGAUGGGCGUACACGAGCACCACGCAGCGUGGGAUGAAUGCAUAUGUACUUUUGCACGCGGUGCUUUUGCACAGUAUCCCUCCAGAGAUUUCUCCUGCAGACAGUGCUCCUCCCGACAGUGCUUUUGCAGACAGUUAUCCUGCACACGCUGCUUUGCACAGUUCCCCUCCAGACAGCCCUAUCACAGCCCAGUGCCAGACAGUGCCUUUACACCCCCGUACCACCGCCGUCGCUGUGUCUCACGCGUGUGCGCGCCGCCAAAGCCAAAGCCAGAGCCAGAGCCGUUGUCGUGCAUUAUGGAUAUGGCUCACCGCGUCGUGUACCCAACGUUACGGCAUGGCACUGUAUGGCACGCUGCAUCCAGCAUUUGGUAUCCCAUUCCGUCCCUGUCCAGCAUCCCAUCCAGCAUCCCAUUCCAUCCACCGUCCAGCAUCCACCAUCCCGCCUACAAGCCCCCCAUCCACCGAACACCCGAGUCCCCCCCUUUCCUGCUCCCUAGCACCAUCCACCAUCCACCAUCCACCCCUUCCACCCCCGUUCCAGCGCUCGUCGCCGGUCCCCGCCGGUCAUCGCGGUUGCGGUUGCGGUUGCGGUUAGGGUUGGGGAGCCGGGCUUGUACACUCAUCACUGACAGUUCGCUAACAGCACUGAAGGUAAGUACGGUGCUGCGCUAAGCGCUUAUCUGACGCACGUCACGCAUGUAUGUGUGUGUGUGUAUACAUGCACCUGCACACGGUCUCGAAAAGGCAACUCCCGCAAGUGUCGAUGGCGGGCGGGUCUAGGCUCGGCGGCGUCGUACGAGGGGCGUGGGCGAGAUGUGGCUGUUAGUUGGCAUCGCUGGGGCUGCAGCUGGGGCUGGAGCUGGGGCCGGGGUUGCGGGGCCGCGGAUAGGACGGGGUC